CAGGCACUCAAUUUCUAUUCGAGCCCAAUCAAACUAUCACAGCCGUGACCCGGAAGUGAAGUUUUUGCAGGAUGUGUCGUUAUGAACUGAUGACAGCAGACGUUACUUGAGCAGAUGGUCGAGCGAGUUGAACCAAGCAUGAUCAAGCAACAUGGAGACCGAUGCAUUACUCGGAAAUGUCGGGACUUCAAGGCAAUGCAACGGGAUUGAUGAGAAGGGCUACAUUGAUGUCGUUAAAGCGACUCCGCAGUCUAAAUGGUCUUGGGCGUGGCUACGACCUCAAAAACCAACAGGCCCCCGCUGGAUGAGCCUUCUGGACGACGACACACCCGUAUCAUUGCUCACUAUCCCAGGGACCCACGAUAGCUCCGCAUUCACCAGCUCCUGGCCUUUCAUCUCGACUCAAACACUUUCAUACCAUGCCCAACUAGACGCUGGAAUCCGAUACUUCGACUUCCGCUGCACCAUCCGCAACAAUGUCGUGGAAAUGGUUCACGGCCCGACCUUUCUGGGCCUCACAUUCGAAAGCGUCCUCGAAACGUUGUACGCAUGGCUCGAAAAGCAUCCCACCGAAGCACUAAUCGUGCAAAUCAAAAAAGAAAGCGAGGACCAACGCUCCACCAUUCGCCUCGAAGACGCCAUCUCCUCCCAUCUCGCCGCGCGUCCCGACCGCUGGCGAACAGCCAACACCGUCCCCAAGCUCGGCGAACUGCGCGGCCGCAUCCAACUCUUCCGUCGAUACGUCGACGCCAACCUGCACGCCUUCGGCCUCGACGUGACCAGGUGGAUGGAUAAUCCCCGCAAACCUUUCACAAUCUACACGCACCACGACGUCAAAGUGACUAUCCAGGACCACUACACGUUCGUCACGCCGCAGUCUCUGCCGGACUUUAUUGCCAUGAAGGGAGGCAAUGUCUCCGAGCUCAUGCGCCUUGCGGCCGCCAGUGCAGACCCUGACCAUUGGUUCAUCAACUUCACCUCCGCGUUCCAACUCAAUUUGUACUACCAGUUCCCGCCGCGGAAAAUCGCAGUGGGCGGCUGGCAUCUUUUCCGCUGGCAGGACGGUAUCAACGUGCGGUUACGGGGAUCACUCGCCGACACGGAGGGCGAGAAGAGGCAUUUUGGCAUUUUCGCUAUGGAUUUCCCCGAGCAGGGGGCGCCGGAUUUGAUUGCCACCCUCAUUAACACCAACUUCGAUUUGUCGGGUGAGACACGGUGGUGGGAUGUUCCUGGGUACUGCAUUUUGCUGUUGGUUUUGGCUAUGCUGCUUUAUGGCGUGUAUGCUGGCAUCUAGCAUUGGUGACACGUCUCGAGUCUGCCAUGCCUGGGAGGGUGCGCGGCGAGGUACGAUUUGAAUGGGGCUACAUGGGCGACAUUGGCAUGGGCUGCACGCUGAAUAGCAAGUCAUUUUCUUCCAAAGGAGUUGCGACUUGUCGAGCGAUAUUGCGGGAGGAGACAUCAUCGUAUGACAGAAGAAAUUGGAUAGUGGAAUGACAAAAGAACGAAU